AGAUGCCGGUCAUAUGAGGAUUGCUGUGGCACUCGCUGCUGCGUCAGGGCCCUGUCCAUACAGAGGCUGUGGUACUUCUGGCUGCUGCUGAUGAUGGGGGUGCUCUUCUGCUGUGGAGCCGGCUUCUUCAUCCGCAGACGGUCCUACCCGUCGCCCGUCAGUGAAGAGCCUGCCUUCAACGUGUUCUUCACCAGACAGCCUGUCUCCACCCCAGGGUCACAGCCUCCUGGGAUGCAGACCUACGGUGACCCAAGCAACGUCAUGGUACCACCCCUGGCCCCCGCCUACCAGGUGCAGCCAAGCUCCGCCCACAUGAUGGCUUCUUACCCGCCUCCCCCAUCCUACUGCAACCACUCACCCCCGCCCUACGAGCAGGUCUUCUCAACCCCAGAGAAGAAGUAACGUCUCCUCAGGCUCCGGCGAUUGAUCGACGUGUCCCAGCCUCUCUCUCUUUCUUUCGUCUGAUUGGAUAGCUCAUCGCCGGGAAGGAGGGUCGCGAUGAUCCCCCCAAAUGUAACGAGUGCCUGUCACCCCCCCCAGCCUUCCCGAGCAUAGUGCCCCCAAACACGAAAACCGGGAAAACCACCGGAGGUCACAUGACACCCAAGCCUGGAUGUGAAAUUCCUUCUGUGCUUAUAAUGAGACUGUUGAAUGCAUUUUUUUUCCAUUGUUCUCUUAAUUUCACAUUAAACCCAAUUUAGUCUUUUCAAAUCGGUCUGUUUAUGGUGACAUCUUAGUCGAUUUCUCACACUCCCGCUAACAAGCUUGCAUCAUUGUGUUAAUGGGUAGGAUUGACCUGGUUUUACCUGAAAACUAGACUAUUGCUUAGGUGACUCAAGUAAUCUGCCGAUCCCUCCUGUCUGGGUAGUGUGUACACACAUCAGCAUGAGUGUAUGAGUGUGUUUGUGUAUGAGAAUUGUGCUACUGUGUCUGACAGAAGAUUAAAAUGGCGGGAAAAUAUGCUCAGUGCAGGAUAGCGGUUGUGCCGAAGAAGACGACAGCUUUAAUGUAAUCAUGGCGAGUGACGUCAACGGUGUUUCCACCGGCGUGGCUCGGCCCCCGGUCUCCGAGCAGAUGGCUUCGCUCCAGGAGGUAAACGCUCCGCUAGCAGCAGCUCAAAUUAGGGCUGAAAUCGCGCGUUUCGUCUCCACCUUCCGGCAAUGCGCGAGAAGGAAAUUAUCCAUGGAGCACAUUUUGGUGUUAUGAAGCAAACGAUCAUUUACCAAAAGAGGCGCGGCUGCAAGCACCAUUCGCCAGUGGGAGAAGCACAUGAGGAUUCCAAUCAGGCUGAGGGUUAUUUGGAGGCAAUAAAGUGUGCAAAGAAGACCAGAGGUUGUGGGAAUUGGGAAACUAUUUUACAGAGAAAACACUGCAGGACGCCAAAGGGAACAACAACAAAGCAGGCAGGUCUCAGAAAAACAAGAGUCAUUUACGCAGUUAAAGGUCCCCGCAGAGUUUGGAGGUCCGGCUUGUCUGCUUGCGAUUAACUGACCGACUUCUGAGUUCACAGGCCUCUGAUGUACAGGAAUAUAAAAUGAAAUAAUUUGCAGACACGGUAGAGUUGUGACAGUACCUUUAUUUUGCACUUUUGCUGCAAGCAGAGAGAGAAUUCUGGCAUUUUUCAAAGGAUACUACAAGAGCUGAAAAUCUGUGCGCUGGACAGUGAAUUAAGUGUUUCACAGGGUACUGUGGCCUGAUGUCGAUAUGUAUUCAAAUGCCUGCAGUUGGAUCGUGUAAUAAAUGCAACAGUUUGGAUGAUA